AUGGGGACCACCCUGGACAUUAAGAUUAAAAGAGCGAAUAAGGUUUAUCACGCUGGGGAAAUGCUCUCCGGGGUGGUGGUCAUAUCUGGGAAGGACUCGGUCCAGCACCAGGGCCUCUCCCUGACGGUGGAAGGAACGGUGAACCUGCAGCUCAGCGCCAAGAGUGUGGGGGUGUUCGAAGCCUUCUAUAAUUCCGUGAAGCCCAUCCAGGUCAUCAACAGCACCAUCGAAAUGGUGAAGCCAGGAAAAUUUCCCGGCGGCAAAACAGAAAUUCCUUUCGAGUUUCCGCUGCACGUGAAGAGUAACAGAGUUCUGUACGAGACAUACCAUGGCGUGUUCGUCAACAUCCAGUACACCCUGCGCUGUGACAUGCGGCGGUCCCUGCUGGCCAAGGACUUGACCAAGACCUGCGAGUUCAUCGUCCACUCCGCCCCUCAGAAGGGGAAAUGGACUCCGAGCCCCGUGGACUUCACGAUCACACCUGACACGUUACAGAACGUCAAAGAGAGGGCCUUGCUCCCAAAAUUUCUCAUCAGAGGACAUCUCAACUCAACCAACUGUGUGAUCACACAGCCACUGACGGGAGAGCUGGUGGUGGAGAGCUCGGAGGCUGCCAUCAAAAGCAUCGAACUGCAGCUGGUGCGUGUGGAGACGUGCGGCUGUGCAGAAGGGUAUGCCCGCGAUGCCACAGAGAUUCAGAACAUUCAGAUUGCCGAUGGGGACGUGUGUCGGGGCCUCUCCAUCCCCAUCUACAUGGUCUUCCCCCGGCUGUUCACCUGCCCGACGCUGGAGACCACCAACUUCAAAGUGGAGUUUGAGGUGAACAUCGUGGUGCUGCUUCACCCCGACCACCUCAUCACAGAGAACUUCCCCCUGAAGCUCUGCAGGAUGUAG